AUGUUAUUCGCCGAAGAUGAGACCUCGAACAUCGAGUGCAAGCGCGAAUGCGUAUAUUCUUGGAAUAGAAGUGGUUGUGGACUUUGUUUUCUGUGCAUCAACGCGUCUCGAAAUGCGCGCGAGGCGAAGAGAAAUCCAUUCGAGCAUCAAAAAAUCGAGCAAAAAUUCCGCUUUCGCGCGGUGAACAUUGCCUCUCAACGCUCGGUUGGAAGCGAAGCUACGACGACAGUAACGAACGUCACGGCAACGAACGCGUCGAGUUUAAUCUUGGUUGACAAGCUGGGUUUAUUUAAACCCGCGUUUGUGAGUCUGGAAGUUCUUUCAAAAAUGUUUGGUUUAUCCGCGGGAAAGUUUUUUUUUGAAAACGACGACGCGUCGUCGACAUCCUCCUAUAAACGAAUGCUCGGGGAUUCCGCGACGUGCACUUUGCCGUAUAUUCUUGGCCGCGCUUUUGUUAUGGAUAAAAUUUGGAGAGCAAGAGCGUCGACGUUUGAGAAGAAGAAUGGCGAAGAUCAGUCUCGUUUUUUCGUUCACAUGACGCAACACUACAAAAACGAACGACGUCUUGCGGCGAGUUUGUUUCUGAACAGGUAUGAGCAAAAUCAUAGAUCCAGACAAAAUAGUCGAGCGUUGGCAACAUUUCCUUCGCAGCACGGAGUGUUCUUACCGACAACUGCGUACGAUAAAGAUUACGACGAGUCGGAUUGGAUAGACUUCUUCGUGGACAACAUGAAAAUUUCAAAAGUCGCGCUUUGCAGUCCCACUCGCGUGGAAAGUCAAGCGUGGGAGAGAAUAAGUGACGACGCAAUGGACGAGAUGGAAAGUGUUCCCGACGCUCGCCUGAAAACGUACCGAACCGUUAUGCGACGCGAAGCUCAAAGCGCCGCCUUCAUGAAAUUAGAUGCGCGCGUGCGCGCGGGAUUGGGUUUCACGGAAAAAGAUGCGAUGAUCGCGAUGAUCACGUUGGUGAAAAUUAACAAAGCGAAUUCGGCACUUUUCUUUUGCUCUUUUAAAAAUACGUGGGGGGCGGAUUUUUUCAUUCCGGUGCUUCGAAUUAAAAAAACAGUUUUCGAACUUGGCGACGCGAUCGAAGAAACGUUGGCGAGUGCGUUGGUUAGUGGCGAGUUGUUUAGUUUUGAAGACGCUGGUAAUCAAGCGCUUUUUUUCUCAAAGUUACAAGCGUGUGCAGAGGAAGAACCCGGGAGAUAUUUGCGAGUCGCGCAUGCUCGAGCGAAGGAGAUUGAAAAGCACAUGAUUUGA